ACCAAGAUGGCGCCUGGUUGGCCUCACUCUGGGGUGGGACGUGGCGGUGCGAGUGCGCCGGCGCGGCGCUACCACAGAGCGUCAGCACAGAGCGUCUCGCCAAGGGCGGGGGGCGUCGCUCCGUCUUUCCCUCCCAGCGAGUCUCGGCCGGAGCAGCGCCGCAGCGGGACCCGGCUGGCGCCCCAGGUGAAGCAGGAGCGGGGACUGUCCAGCCGCCGCCAUGGUUGCCCUAUCACUGAAGAUCAGCAUUGGCAACGUGGUGAAGACCAUGCAGUUUGAGCCUUCCACCAUGGUGUACGACGCCUGUCGGAUCAUCCGGGAGCGUGUGCCUGAGGCACAGAUGGGGCAGCCCAGUGAUUUUGGGCUGUUCCUUUCGGAUGAGGACCCGAAGAAGGGGAUUUGGCUGGAAGCUGGGAAGGCUCUGGACUACUACAUGCUCCGCAAUGGGGACACCAUGGAGUACAAGAAGAAGCAACGACCGCUCAAGAUUCGCAUGCUGGAUGGGACAGUUAAAACAGUCAUGGUGGACGACUCCAAAACAGUCACGGACAUACUCAUGACAAUCUGUGCUCGGAUUGGCAUCACCAAUCAUGAUGAGUACUCCCUGGUGCGGGAGAUGAUGGAGGAGAAGAAGGAGGAGAUCACCGGCACGCUCAAGAAGGACAAGACCCUGCUGCGGGAUGAGAAGAAGAUGGAGAAACUCAAGCAGAAGUUGCACACGGACGAUGAGUUGAACUGGCUGGAUCAUGGGCGAACACUGCGUGAGCAAGGCAUCGACGACAACGAGACGCUUCUGCUGCGACGCAAGUUCUUCUACUCCGACCAGAACGUGGACUCCAGGGACCCUGUGCAGCUCAACCUGCUCUACGUGCAGGCUCGUGAUGACAUCCUGAAUGGCUCCCACCCUGUUUCCUUCGACAAGGCCUGCGAGUUUGCUGGGUUCCAGUGUCAGAUCCAGUUUGGAUCCCACAAUGAGCAGAAGCACAAGCCAGGCUUUCUGGACCUGAAGGACUUCCUGCCCAAGGAGUACAUCAAGCAGAAAGGCGAGCGCAAGAUCUUCAUGGCUCACAAGAACUGCGGCAACAUGAGUGAGAUUGAGGCCAAAGUUCGCUACGUGAAACUCGCCCGCUCCCUGAAAACCUAUGGCGUCUCCUUCUUCCUGGUCAAGGAGAAGAUGAAGGGAAAAAACAAACUAGUGCCGCGGCUGCUGGGGAUCACCAAAGAGUGUGUGAUGCGUGUGGACGAGAAAACCAAGGAGGUGAUUCAGGAGUGGAACCUCACCAACAUCAAACGCUGGGCUGCCUCGCCCAAGAGCUUCACCCUGGAUUUCGGGGAUUACCAGGAUGGGUACUACUCAGUGCAGACGACGGAGGGGGAGCAGAUCGCCCAGCUUAUUGCUGGCUACAUUGACAUCAUCCUGAAAAAGAAAAAGAGCAAAGACCACUUUGGGCUGGAGGGGGAUGAAGAGUCCACCAUGCUGGAAGACUCUGUGUCCCCAAAGAAGUCAACUGUUCUGCAGCAGCAGUUUAACCGCGUGGGCAAGGUGGAGCAUGGCUCAGUAGCCCUGCCAGCCAUCAUGCGCUCAGGGGCCGGCGGGCCAGAGAACUUCCAGGUUGGCACAAUGCCACAGGCACAGCAGCAGAUCACCAGUGGCCAGAUGCACCGAGGGCACAUGCCCCCCCUGACCUCGGCCCAGCAGGCCCUGACUGGCACCAUCAACUCAAGUAUGCAGGCUGUGCAUGCAGCACAGGCCACCCUGGACGACUUUGAGACGCUGCCGCCCCUUGGACAGGACGCCGCUUCCAAAGCCUGGCGCAAGAACAAGAUGGACGAGUCGAAGCACGAGAUCCAUUCGCAGGUGGACGCCAUCACUGCCAGCACUGCCUCUGUGGUGAACCUGACUGCAGGGGACCCGGCCGACACAGAUUACACGGCCGUGGGCUGUGCCGUCACCACCAUCUCCUCCAACCUGACCGAGAUGUCCAAGGGCGUGAAGCUGCUGGCCGCCCUCAUGGAGGAUGAAGGAGGGAAUGGGCGACAGCUCCUGCAGGCUGCCAAGAAUCUGGCAAGUGCUGUCUCAGACCUGCUGAAAACGGCACAGCCAGCCAGUGUCGAGCCGCGACAGAACCUGCUGCAGGCGGCUGGCUCCGUGGGCCAGACAAGUGGGGAGCUGCUGCAGCAGAUUGGAGAAAGUGACACCGAUCCUCGGUUCCAGGACAUGCUCAUGCAGCUGGCUAAGGCAGUAGCCAGUGCAGCUGCUGCGCUGGUCCUGAAAGCCAAGAACGUGGCCCAGAAGACAGAGGACUCGGCACUGCAGACCCAGGUGAUUGCGGCUGCCACGCAGUGCGCCCUCUCCACCUCCCAGCUGGUGGCCUGCACCAAGGUGGUGGCUCCCACAAUCAGCUCCCCUGUGUGCCAGGAACAGCUGAUUGAGGCUGGCAAGCUGGUGGCGAAGUCAGCGGAAGGCUGCGUGGAGGCCUCCCAGGCAGCCACCAACGAUGACCAGCUGCUGAAGCAGGUGGGAGUGGCAGCCACAGCAGUGACGCAGGCCCUGAACGACCUGCUGCAGCACAUCAAGCAGCACGCCACCGGCGGGCAGCCUAUCGGGCGCUACGACCAGGCCACCGACACCAUCCUCAAUGUCACCGAGAAUAUCUUCAGCUCCAUGGGCGACGCGGGGGAAAUGGUGCGCCAGGCUCGUAUUCUGGCUCAGGCAACCUCUGACCUCGUAAAUGCCAUCAAAGCUGACGCCGAGGGGGAGACGGACCUGGAGAACUCGCGCAAGCUGCUGAGUGCUGCCAAGAUGCUGGCUGACGCCACAGCCAAGAUGGUGGAGGCAGCGAAGGGGGCUGCAGCCCACCCAGACAGCGAGGAGCAGCAGCAGCGGCUCCGGGAAGCGGCUGAGGGUCUCCGCAUAGCGACCAAUGCUGCAGCUCAGAAUGCCAUCAAGAAAAAGCUUGUGCACAAGUUGGAGCACACGGCCAAGCAGGCUGCAGCCUCCGCCACGCAGACCAUCGCCGCUGCGCAGCAUGCCGCCGCCUCCAACAAGAACCCGGCUGCGCAGCAGCAGCUGGUGCAAAGCUGCAAGGUGGUUGUGGAUCAGAUCCCAAUGCUGGUACAGGGUGUGCGAGGAAGCCAGUCCCAGCCAGAUAGUCCCAGUGCUCAGCUCGCACUCAUCGCGGCCAGCCAGAACUUCCUGCAGCCUGGUGGGAAGAUGGUAGCUGCAGCCAAAGCCACUGUCCCCACCAUCAUGGACCAGGCCUCUGCCAUGCAGCUCAGCCAGUGUGCCAAGAACCUGGCUGCAGCCCUCGCCGAGCUCCGGACAGCUGCCCAGAAGGCUCAGGAGACCUGUGGGCCCCUGGAGAUAGACUCAGCGCUCAGCAUGGUGCAGAGCUUGGAACAAGACCUGCAGGAAGCCAAGGCUGCUGCCAGAGACGGAAAGCUCAAGCCCCUGCCGGGGGAGACGAUGGAGAAGUGCGCCCAGGACCUGGGGAACAGCACGAAGGCCGUCAGCUCCGCCAUCGCCCAGCUGCUGGGGGAGGUGGCCCAGGGCAAUGAGAACUAUACAGGGAUUGCUGCCCGGGAUGUGGCCCAGGCCCUGCGCUCACUCAGCCAGGCUGCCCGCGGCGUCGCAGCCAACACCUCCGACCCCCAGGUGCAGAGUGCCAUGCUGGAGUGCGCUGGCGACGUCAUGGAUAAAGCCGGAAACCUCAUCGAGGAGGCGCGCAAGGGCGUGGGCAAGCCAGGCGACCUCGAGAGCCAGCAGCGCCUGGCCCAGGUGGCCAAGGCCGUGUCUCAGGCCCUGAACCGCUGCGUGAACUGCCUUCCUGGGCAGCGGGACGUGGACGCCGCCAUUCGCACCGUGAGCGAGGCCAGCAAGAAGCUGCUGGCCGAGUCGCUCCCACCCAGCACCAAGAGCUUCCAGGAGGCACAGAGCCAGCUGAACCAGGCAGCAGCUGGGCUGAACCAGUCUGCCAACGAGUUGGUGCAGGCCUCCCGGGGCACCCCCCAGGACCUGGCCAAGUCCUCUGGCAAAUUCGGGCAGGACUUCAAUGAGUUCCUGGAAGCCGGCAUGGAGAUGGCUGGCCAGUCCCCGAACAAGGAGGCCCAAGCACAGGUGGUGUCAAACUUGAAGAGCAUCUCUAUGUCCUCCAGCAAGUUGCUCCUGGCCGCUAAGGCGCUCUCCGCAGACCCCGCUGCCCCCAACCUCAAGAACCAGCUGGCAGCUGCUGCACGGUAGGAGGCCGUUCACAGU